AUGCAGUCCACGGCAGUCAAGAAAGCCAAUGCCUACGCCGGCCAAGAUAUGCCCGGUAUCCCAUUCGAUUCCCUGAUGCGGACCUUCGUCACCUGUUCAGGCAAAGGCUCUAACAACACGGUCCAGAAGGGUACGAAGUGCUCAAGCUGUGGCACGCAGAACAAAGCCAUGCCGCUCACUGAUAGCGACAUCUCGGAGGACCUGAGCAUCGUCCUUCCUCCUGACGAUCUGUGA